AUGUCAGGGGAAAUUAUCCAAGGAAAAGCAAAAGAUCUUUUCCUGAAAAUGUAUGGUGAAACUAAUCUAGAAUUCAGUUUCUCUUCUGGUUGGUUAGAACGUUUCAAGUCAAGAUACAUAAUCAAAUCUUACAGACGUUUUGGUGAAAGUGGUUCAGUUAUCAUGAAAAACAUUGAAAACGAAUUGUCUAACAUACGGUCAAAACUAGAUCAGUUUGAAUUGAAGGAUAUUUAUAAUAUGGAUGAAACUGGACUAUUUUACCGAUUGGAAGCUGACCAUUCACUUGCUACCAAGCAACUUGAAGGUCGCAAAAAAGACAAAGAGAGAAUUACUCUUGCUUUCUGUUGCAAUGAUGAAGGUAUCCAAGAAGUUGGUGAAUUAGAUGAAGGUACCCAAGAAUUAAAUGAUGUCAUCUCUAAUUUAGCCUACAGAAAUGUGAUGGAUGUUGAACAUCUUUUGAACUACCCUAACGAGAAUGAUACAGUUAUGGAAUUACCUACAGAGGAAAAGAUUAUUCAAUCUGUAAUGAAUAAUGAUGAUGAGAAUGAUCCUGAAUAA